GAAGGAGGAGGAGGAGGAGGAGCUGAGGAAGGUCUGAUUGAGUUCUACGGCUCUUUCCGGGAGAUGUUUGAGUUCUUCUGCAGGGACACCACGAUUGGUGGAAAAGGGCUCUUUGGAAAAGCCCAACUGGGACAAGCCUGUUUGGAAAAGUUUCUUUGGAAAAAUCCUCUUUGGAAAAGACCUCCUUGGUCUUUUGAAAAACCCUUUUUGGACAACUCUUUCCCUCAGAUUAACACAAUUUCCCAUUGUUUCCCAUGCCCAGAAAGCCAUUUAGAAGAUGGAGCUGGACCUACCAGGAGGAGAAGGAGGAGGAGGAGGAGCUGAGGAAGGGCUGAUCGAGUUCUACGGCUCCUUCAGGGAGAUGUUUGAGUUCUUCUGCAGGGACACCACGAUUGGUGGAAAAGGGCUCUUUGGAGAAGCCCAUCUGGGAGAGGCCUGUUUGGAAAAGAUUUCUUUGGAAAAGCCUUUUCUGGAAAAACCCUCUUUGGAAAAGACCUCCUUGGACAAAGCCAGUUUGAAAAAGCCUUUUUGGACAACUCUUUCCCUCAGAUUAAUACGAUUUCCCAUUGUUUCCCAUGCCCAGAGGAUGGAGCUGGACCUACCAGGAGAAGGAGGAGGAGGAGGAGCUGAGGAAGGUCUGAUCGAGUUCUACGGCUCCUUCAGGGAGAUGUUUGAGUUCUUCUGCAAGCACACGACGAUCCACGGCACGGUGCGCCUGGUGUGCUCGGGCAGGAACCGCCUGAAGACGGCCUUCUGGACGCUGCUGCUGCUGGCCAGCCUGGCCAUGCUCUACUGGCAGUUCGCCCUCAUGCUCAGCCAGUUCUGGGCCUACCCCGUGGUGCUCACCAUGUCCGUGGACUCCGAGCCCAAAAUGUUCCCGGCCGUCACCAUCUGCAACCUGGACCCCUCCAGGUUUGAGCUGGUCAGCGAGCAGCUGGAGCAGCUGGAGCGCAUGGCCGAGGAGUCGCUGACCUUCCUGUACGGCCCCAAGGCCGCGGCCAGGCUGGCCCAGCUCAGGGACAGGGACAGGGACAGGGACAGGGACAGGGCCAGCGCCAUCCGCGUCCAGGCCUGGGCCAACCUCAGCAGCGCCGGCUUCAGGCUCAGCCACAACUUCUCCCUGGUCAGGAUGUGGGAGCCCAGGGCCGGCAAAAAACAUUCCAGAGUGGGAUUCCGGCUGGUGAACUCCACGGGCGGGAAUUGCUUCUUCACCUCUCACCCGUCGGGCAUGGACGCGCUGCUGGAGUGGUUCCGCUUCCACUACAUGAACGUGAUGGCCCAGCUGCCCCCGGGGCUGGCCCGGCACCAGCAGCACUUCCAGGACCUGGUCUACUCCUGCCAGUACGACGGCGAGCCCUGCCGGCCCGGGGACCACAUCCACUUCCACCACCCAGUUUUUGGGAGCUGCUACACCUUCAACAGCCAGGGGACAGAUCCCUUCUGGGCAGCCACCAAACCAGGAAUUCCUUACGGGCUGUCCCUGAUCCUGCGGGCCGAGCAGAAGGAGCACAUCCCGCUGCUGUCCACGGUGGCCGGGGUGAAGGUGCUGAUCCACGGCCACAACCAGACCCCGUUCCUGGAGCACGAGGGCUUCCACAUCCGCCCGGGCAUCGCCACCACCAUCGGCAUCCGCCAGGACCAGGUGAAUCGCCUGGGUGGAAACUACGGCCGGUGCACGAUGGACGGGGCCGACGUGGCCGUGGAGCUGCUCUACAACAACUCCUACACCCUGCAGGUACUGAGCCUGGCCUAGCUAAACCUGGCUUAGCCAGGCUGAGACUGCUCCACAACAACUCCUACACCCUGCAGGUACUGAGCCUGGCCUAGCUAAACCUGGCUUAGCCAGGCUGAGACUGCUCCACAACAACUCCUACACCCUGCAGGUACUGGGCCUGGCCUAGCUAAACCUGGCUUAGCCAGGCUGAGACUGCUCCACAACAACUCCUACACCCUGCAGGUACUGAGCCUGGCCUAGCUAAACCUGGCUUAGCCAGGCUGAGACUGCUCCACAACAACUCCUACACCCUGCAGGUACUGAGCCUGGCCUAGCUAAACCUGGCUUAGCCAGGCUGAGACUGCUCCACAACAACUCCUACACCCUGCAGGUACUGGGCCUGGCCUAGCUAAACCUGGCUUAGCCAGGCUGAGACUGCUCCACAACAACUCCUACACCCUGCAGGUACUGAGCCUGGCCUAGCUAAACCUGGCUUA